UUUUUAUAGAUGAUGGAGAGAGUUUUUGUAAUUCAACACCAAUAUCACAUCUUAAAUCCUUUCCAAAGGACUGUCCACAAGACGGUGAAACGCCCUACCAUUAUGAUGUUAAGAAAUGCCUUGGAAAUCCAUGUAUUAAACGACCAAUAACAGACAAGGAAGAGUAUUGCUGUGGACCAAUCAGACAGGAACUGAGGACAUUAACAUGUAGUUCUUACACCAUUGACAUUGCAGAAACUAUAGAGUGUGGUUGUAAGAUAUGUAACCAAGUUGAAGUAGAUGGAAACGUUCUGACAUCUGAUCCAAAAGUAUAUUUGAGUGGCAAUAUAUAUGAUGUAUUAGACAAAGGUGUACCCCUUAGAUUUGGUGAAAUUUACCUUUUUGACAAAUUAGAAACCCAUACAAGUUUUACAGGUGAAUAUAAGUUCCUUGUGCCAAAAGUAUCCCGGCUCGUUUUAACUGUAAAGGAGGGCUAUCAGAAGUUAAACUUCAUUGAAACUACCAAAACAAUUUACAUCCCAAAUGCUUUUACAGGAACUCUCUAUAGAGAUAUUCUAAUGCUUAGGAAAAAUACAAUCGUUGAAAUAUCUUCUUCUGAUAUCAAUACAUUAAGCCUUGCAAACACCAGUUCAAACAUAUCCUUUGCCGAGGUGAUCAUUCCUGAUGAAGCAUUUUAUACCAAGGAUGGAACAAAAUAUAAUGGACAAGUUCAGGCAAGUGUUAACUUCCUUGAUCCAACAGACAUUGAAAGCAUAGAUACAAUGCCUGGAGAUCUGUCAUUCAUGGACAACAAUGGACAGACAGGAAACCUGCAGACAUUUGGCAUGUUUCAUAUGAGCUUUGAAGAUCUUGCUGGAAAUGAGCUUAACAUCGAAGGUGAUGUUGAAAUGGCCAUAAGUGCAGAAAGAAUAGGAGCAAAUGAAACUACAAAUGUCAAGCUUUGGUCUUUGAAUCCUUCUUCAGGAAGAUGGGAGAUUGAAGGCUCAUUAAGAAAGGGAUUCUCUAGAAGAAGGAAGCGAAGCCAAUCUCGGUUUGAGAGUGAUUUCUUCAUUGGGAACAUGACGAUAGUAGGAAGAUAUUGGUACAAUUUUGACAGCGUCAAUGAAGACUUCUGUUUUGUUAAUAUUAAGGCAUAUGAUAGUGAUGAUAUGACCACACAAAUUCCUGAAGCUCCUACAAAUGAACCAACUGUAAUUGCACGGAACAGGGCAGAGACAUGGCAGCACAUAACUGGCAAACAAAGCUUUGUGCAUGUUGCUUUCAGAGAAGUUGGUUCUAAUGGUGACUGUGUAUUAACAAUGUGUGAGGCUAACCACUUCCAUGGUUACCUAAUGUUUGACACUAUUGACGGACCACUCCAUGGCUCAACUACACAAGGGGGACAAGUAGUUCCUUCAGUGUUGACUACAAUAGCAGAGAGUCAACCAGGAGUCCCACAACCUACCAUAUUAAACACCACAGUAAGCCCAUUGACAACAUCAGGACCUUUAUAUGACAGUUUGCAAUCAACAUGCUAUGACCAAGAGAGUGAUUACUGCGCAUAUUGCUCUAAUCUAGUUGAAAAGGAACCAAAAUGUAUUCUAUGUCACCAAACUGCCUGUCAACAUUCAUAUACACUGGCCUAUGCCAACUGUAUGAAUAGUGGACAAGGGAACUCACAUUACGGAUUCUACAGACCAGCUAACACAUUAGUUAAAUAUACAGCGUGUACCUGUUUAGUUGAUGAUGAUAAUUUUGAUACUUCUGAUAGUUCUUGCCCUGGUGAAAAUUCACUUUUUCCAUUAAUUUGGUUUCCUGGUGCUCCGGCUGUUUUCUGGGCCUGGUUUAUCAAGGUCAGAGUUGAAGUUUGGAGUAAUGGUGCAAAUGGUGGAACACUAUAUCCAGAUGAAUCAAGAGUAGUUGUAUCAAGCUAUGGAGGUAAGCAUGCUGAAACACUGAAUAAGCUGUUUGGUAGCAGAGAGGAUGUGACAAGAGAUAAGACUGUAUGCCUGGAAUACAAGGGAAGUGGGGACAUUAUAACAUCAACAUUACAAUCGGCUACAGAUGAGACUGUCAUUAAAGUAAUGGCUGAAGGGACAGACUGUGUUUAUAGGGUCACAGCUGGGCUACAACAAUAUACCCAGGGUGAGGCAGCAUUCAAACUACCAGCUGGAAUCAUACAUGCUGGGGAAAAUUCGGGAUUAUACUUUGAUGACAAUUCAAACAGGGACACAGCGAGACAAACAGCCAAGGCAGCAUGUGAAUGCAGUGAAGCACAGCAUAACAGUGUACAGUGUGAUACUCGAAAGCCAACAGGAUAUGGUAUUCUUAUUAAGUGCAGGAGAGCAUAAAAGGAACAUUUAAAAGAGUGCAUGGGUAUUCACUUUUCCAGUUGGUAAACAUAUAUAUAAAAUUAAAAGGUUAGUCAAAGAAAUAUAUCAAACAUAAGUGCGUAUAUUAAUGUUUCAUGGUGUAUUGCUUCUUUGUCUUCAAAUGAUUGAAUACUGUUCCUAGAUGAAUCAAGCUAUGGGGAUACAUACACACACUGAAACAUAAGACAAGCUAUUUGGCAGAAGGGAGGAUUUGAUCAAAGAUAGGACUGCAGGGCUCUCACCAGGAAAUAUUUAGGGUGUGGUGCUAACAUCUUCAGAAUAAUCAUUCAGUCGUGAUAAAUCAUAUUUAUGUUAUGUUUUAUCAUUUUUACAUGCUAUUAUUGUAUAUUCAGUCAAGUUUAGACUGUGGAAACAGUCAUGAUUUGCCAAUAGGGUGUGGAGGGAGCUCAAUAGAGUGUGGUGCUGCACCACAGUCUAAAAGCCUGGCGAGAGCCCUGGACUGCUUGCCUAGAGUACAAGGGAAGUGGGGAUAUAAUAAAAUCAAGUGGGCAAACAACUGAAGAUAAGACUGUCAUUAAAAUCUUGGCAGUUGGGCCUAAUUGUGUCCCUUCUUUAAUUCAAAUGGACUGAAACCCUAUCAACAAAUCCAGAAUGAAGCAACAUUCAAACUACCAACUAGAAUCAUUCAUGCUGGGCCAAGUACAGGUUUAUAUUUUAACGAGGAUGGAGACAUGGAAACAGCGAGACAGACAGCCAGGGCAGCGUGUCAAUGCAGUGGUACAACAUAGCACUGUACGGUGUAAUAAAAGAGACCCAAGAGCUGGAUUUGAUUUACUGUUUAAGUGUACACGGUUAUAAGAACAACAUUUCAAUUAUUAUAAUUUAAAAAAGUCAUAGACAAUUAUGAGCAAACAAUUAGCAUGUAUUUUUACAGGGUGGUCCAAAAAAAGUGAACCCCUGCAACUGGCCAUAUUUCCCUUAUUACUUGCAAGAAUUCUUUUUUAUUUUCACAUGUUGUAGAGGAAGGUCUAAAAUUUAUGUUGGUACCAUACAUUUUUCUUAGUCUUGAAAUUUGCAGAAAUUAUAAGCCCUAACCAAACAUUACUGAAAAUGGACAAAUUGUGAUUUUCAAUAUCCGCGAUUCUUCAACCCUUUAACACCUUUCCCUUAGAAUUUUUUAAGCUGCAGUCUUAAAGAACUAAUAUUUUCUGACUUUGUUCAAUUUUAAAUCCUGCACAUUAUGGCUUAAAACUAGCAUUCUUCAUUUGUUAGUUGCAAAGUUAUUGUGAUCCAAAGAGAUGUGCUGAGCUUCCACAGACGAAAACAUUUUCCAGUGAAAUCAUGAACAUACCCCUAUAUGAUCUUGAAAUGUCAAUAUCUUCAUAAAUCAUGGACCAAUUCUAAUGAUAUAUGGCUCAAAACAUUGAAUAUUGAAUAUUCUUUUGAAUUUUUAAAGAUAUUUGAUGAAGGGGUUAUCAGAUUCCUGGUCACAGGGGGCAACUUCCUUCCAUAAGAGGCCCCCCUCUAACUGUUUGUGUAGGUAACAUACCCCUGAACUGUUGAACAGUUAAAAAUGCUUCAAAAUGAUCAAUGAAAGUGUGAAAUGUGUUUUCUGCUUGAAUAGUGUCCCUUUUGUCAUAUGGUAGGGUUUUAAACUUGUAUCUCUAACUGAAAGCUGUUUAAGAUCAUCCAAUGUGUUUCAACAAUUUCCGUGAAUCACAUUUGUAAAAUUUUGUACAAUAUCUAAUUUCCAGGCGUGUUUGUUAAAUGCUUGUAAUUUCUUCAAAAUUUAAGACUGGGAAUAAAUUAUGGCAUCAACCAAAAUGUUAGACCUUUCUCUACAACAUGUGAUAAUAUGAGCCAAUUCAUGCAUGUAUUUAGAAAAAUGUAGCCUGUUGCAGGGGUUCACUUUUUUUUGGACCACCCUGUAAUUUGUGUGCCUCAUUACUUGUAAAUAUGUAUAUGAUUUCCUUGGUUUGGUUUUCUUUACAAUAUGGAUAUUAACAAUUGAUGUUUUCAGUGGAUAUAAUUGUUGAUAUUCAAAUUAUUGCAAACAUCAUGCUUCUUGAGACCUUUAAACCAAUGUAAAAGUUUGAUUGACUUAUGUAUAUACUGUACAACAAAACAAACUAUCAUAAUUUUUAUUAAAUGGUUUUAUUUUUCUAGGAACAGAAGUAUCUAACUUUAUCUUUUAGUAUGUAAUUUAUCUAUGCAUGAUAGAAUUUUUGAAUAAAAGUUUUUUAAUAUUUUUUUUAAAA